AUGCCCCGCAGAGAUGCCUGUUUCCCCGCGCGAUUUUGUUUUCGGGAAGGAGAAGAUGGGCGCACAAUUUUUCUGCUCUUCUUUACCCACUUGAAUGCAAUUCUCUCUCUCCGAAAAGACCCACAUUUCUGUGUAAGUUCUCUGCACUUGGAAACCGCCACCAUUAGGGCGUUUGGACCGUUUCUUUGGCAGUUGUGGGGUUCGUGGGCCUUUGGGAUGGCGGCUCGAAAAUUUAUCCUUGUUUCAACGGAGGCUUUAUGGGAAGGCUCCUUGGUCGUUACAAAGAAGUUCUAGGUUGUUUUCCCCAAUUUUCAUUAGUGAUGAAACAUGUUAUUUUGAUGUUUACUACGUGCUUUUUCCGUGUUUAAUGUCGUGUAUAGAGCUCGAGUAAAACGCGACUGUUUUUAUUCCAUUUUGCUUUCAGUUUGACCAAACUUUCUUCGUUUUCAAUACAACAAUGGGCACCAGAGUCUACGUCGGCCACAUCCCAUACGAAGCUCGCGAACGUGAUGUUGAGCACUUCUUCGAUGGUUAUGGAAAGGUCCGCGACAUCUUGAUGAAGCGUGGGUACUGCUUCGUGGAACUGUCUGACCCCAGAGAUGCUGAUGACGCGGUUUAUGAUCUGAAUGGAAAGUCAAUGCUUGGAAUGAAGUAAGUUUGUUUCUAUAUUGUUUGUUGCUGUUUAGAGAAAGGAUUUCAAAAGCAAAAUAAUUGCAGUUUUCCUGACUUAUGGUAUCUAUUUUCAGAGUCAUUGUCGAGAUUGCCAAGGGAAAGCCAAGAGGAGGAUAUGGAGGUGGCCCUGGCGGACGCAGAGGGCGCUCUCGAUCCCGCUCUCCCCGUCGUUCUUAUGGACGCGGUGGACGUCGUUCUCGCUCCCGAUCUCCUCGUCGUUCAUCUCGCCGUUCCGUGUCCCGAUCUCCCCGUCGUGACUCCAGAUCCCCCGACAGAAAGGACUCUCGCUCUCCCCGCAAGGACUCCAGAUCACCAAAGAGAGAUUCGAGAUCCGCCUCACCGGUGAAGCGGGACAGAUCAGCCUCUAGAUCGGCUUCUCCAAUCAAGAGAGACAGAAGAUCGACAUCUGGCUCUCCCCGAAAUGGACGUUCGGCUUCUCCAGCCAAACAAGACAGAAGAUCGGCGUCUGGGUCUCCCCGAAAUGGACGUUCAGCUUCAAGAUCCGUCUCCCGUGGAAGGUCCCCAUCCGGGUCGCCAAGACGAAACGGCUCAGACCGCUCGGCCUCUCGUUCUCCAUCUCGCUAAGGCUGGUGGGUAAGUUUGCUCCAAGUCUCCUGUUUUUUUCUGACUUUAUGUCUUGUCCACAACUCCAUUUACAAUAAUAUUUUCUUCUUGCUGUUAUUGUUUUGUGUCCCGAAAACGUUCGAAACUUUGGUCUCUAAUCUCAUUUUUUGUGGUUAACCUUCCGUUUUCUCGCGCUUCUCCUGGAGUUGUAAUAGAAAACUAAAUUAUUCACCAAACAAUUGUUACUCUCCGACGGAUGUCUCUUAAUGGAUUUUUUUCUUAUUGUCAAGGUUAAUUUUACAAAAAUACAGUUAUUUUCCACCAUUUUUUAUUUUCUUUUUGAUUGAAAUAUUUUACUAAAGUACGGAUGUUUUAGUACGUUUCUGAGCCCAGAAGGCCUAGAACAUGAGGCCAGUACCGCAAGCCGGCAUGCCACGCCCUCCUCCGCCCCGUAA